AUGAUAGCUCUUCUUAAUGAACUAGAGAUCCUUGGAGCUGAAAUUGAUGGGGAAACCCAGAUCGAUUUCGUUCUCAACUCACUGCAGUCUGAGAGUUUUAAGCAGUUUCGCCUGACUUAUUCUAUGAACAAAAUGCAUUUAUCUUUGGCGGAACUUCUUAAGGAACUCCAAGCAGCUGAGGGUCUUUUGGUUGCGAAGAAACCACCAUCAAUGCUAGUGGCUGAGAAGGCUUCUACUUCUAAGCCGAAAGGCAAGAAGAAGCAGAAUAAGUCUCAGAAAAAGGUUGUGGAGGCAGUUCAUGCGCCUCAAGGUGGAGUGAAAAAGCCUACGGGCAAGUGUUUUCACUGCAAGCAGAAAGGACACUGGAAGAAGGAAUGUUCGAUUUUUCUCAAUAAAGUGAACAAACAAGGUAAAUGAAUAGGACUCUUAUGGAUAUGGUAAGAUCAAUGAUGAGUUAUUCAGAUUUACCAAUUUCGUUUUGGGGACAUGCACUAGAAACAGCAGCGUAUAUUCUUAACUUGGUACCAUCUAAGUCAGUACCCUCUACACCCACAGAACUAUGGAUUGGGC